AUGAAGUUCCUUACAACAUUGAGUUUCGUCACAGCGGCAUUCGCUGCUAGUCGAACAACUGCCCCCUCCGGAUGUAUAACUGUCAAGAAGUCACCUGGAAGCGGACAAUUCGGUACUGUUCAGGCUGCAGUCGACUCUCUCUCGACCACGGCAUCCGGAAAGCAGUGCAUCUUCAUUGACCAGGGUACCUACAACGAGCAGGUCCUUGUUCCUAGUCGCAGCGCUCAACUGUCUAUCUACGGCUACACUACCGACACUAGCGGAUAUAGCGGCAACAAGGUCACCAUCACAGCCAAGAAGAGCCAGGCUGAUGGUCUGAACAACGACGGCACUGCUACCCUCCGUGUCAAGGCUGCCAAUUUCAAGCUCUACAACGUCAAUGUUGCCAACACUUAUGGAAAGGGUAGCCAAGCUGUUGCUUUGAGCGCCUAUGCCGACAGCGGAUACUACGGUGUCGCUCUCACUGGAUUUCAGGAUACCCUUCUUGCCCAGCAGGGCUACCAGCUGUACUCCAAAUGCCUUAUUCAGGGCGCUACCGACUUCAUUUUUGGCCAAACUGCUUCUGCCUGGUUCGAGAAGAUUGACCUUCGAGUUGUCGCCGCCUCAGUUGGCUACAUCACUGCCAAUGGCCGUGACUCUGACUCCAACAUGUCUUACUACGUCUUCAACAACUGCAACGUUGCCGCAGCUGCCGGCAACGCCGUCGCCAACGGCACAUACUACCUUGGUCGACCUUGGCGCCAGUAUGCGCGUGUUGUCUUUCAGAAGACUAACAUGAGCUCUGUCAUCAACUCCAAGGGCUGGUCUAUCUGGAACACUGGUGAGGAGAACACUGCCCAUGUACUGUUUGGAGAGUAUGGAAACACCGGUGCUGGUUCUCAAGGUCAGCGUGCCUCUUUCGCCACGAAGCUCUCCUCCGCGGUUUCUAUCUCCACCGUCCUCUCUGGAAACUACGCUUCCAAGGGCUUCUAUGAUGCUUCCUACAUGUAG